AUGGCUCCCGUCAUGACAGAGACCGCCGUUUCGGCGAAGCGGGCUCAGCUCGCGGGCAAGAGUGGGAUCUUCGGUAUGCUCAGCAACAAGAAGACUUCGUUGAUUGGCCUGUUUGCGUCGCUUGGAGGUCUUGUCUAUGGAUACAACCAAGGAAUGUUUGCCCAGGUGUUGACUAUGCAUUCGUUCAAAGAUGCCACGCAGCAAUAUGCGGCGAAAACCGGCAUCCAGCAAGGCAUGCUCACGUCGAUUCUCGAGCUCGGUGCAUGGGUUGGAACACUCCUCAAUGGAUACUUAGCGGAUCGAUUGGGUCGCCGCGUGACGGUGCUUGUGGCCGUGGUGGUGUUCUGUGUUGGCGUGAUUGUUCAGGCUUGCACGGUAAACAAGGACUAUGUAUUUGCCGGCCGGUUCGUUACCGGAAUGGGAGUCGGUAGUCUUUCGAUGAUCGUGCCUUUAUAUAAUGCGGAACUUGCGCCGCCAGAAAUUCGAGGAUCGCUGGUCGCAGUCCAGCAACUCGCAAUUACCUUUGGGAUCAUGGUGUCUUUCUGGAUUGGCUACGGUACAAACUAUAUCGGCGGUACGGGUGCCGGGCAGUCAGACGCCGCAUGGCUCAUCCCGGUCUGCAUUCAAAUACUGCCUGCUAUUAUCUUGGCGGCCGGCAUGAUGUUGUUCAUGCCCCAGUCGCCCCGCCAUCUCAUGAACACUGGCCGCGAGGAAGAAUGCCUGCAGACCUUGGCUCGUCUGCGUGGCGCCAGCACGGACGAUAUCCUCGUGAGAAUUGAGUUCCUUGAGAUUAAGAGUCUGUACCUCUUCGAGUCCGAAACUGCCCGUGAGAAGUACCCACAUUUGCAGGACGGGUCAUUGUCGUCUCGAUUCAAGAUGGGUCUGUAUGAUUAUAUGUCGCUUGUCACGAACAAAUCGCUCUUUAAGCGAACUACUGUCGCUUGCCUAAUCAUGACAUUCCAACAAUGGAAUGGUAUCAAUGCUAUCAACUACUACGCACCAUUUAUCUUUGAGGAUAUGAAGCUCCCUGGGAAUACGAUUACCCUGCUUGCAACAGGAGUGGUCGGUAUCGUUGAAUUCCUGUUCACCAUCCCUGCGGUGCUCUGGGUUGACCAGAUUGGGCGAAAGAAGAUCCUCAUCGCAGGCGCUGCUGGUAUGGCAAUUUGCCAUUUCAUCGUCGCGGGGAUCAUUGGUGCCUACCAAAACAGCUUCGAGGAGCACCGAGCAGCUGGAUGGACAGCGAUUGUCUUUGUGUGGAUUUUCGUGAUUAACUUCGCUUACUCCUGGGGCCCCGUGGCUUGGAUCGUCGUUAGUGAGGUCUUCCCACUCAGCAUGCGUGCGAAGGGUGUGUCUCUUGGUGGCAGUAGCAACUGGCUCAACAACUUCGCCGUCGGAACUAGCACGAGUCCCUUCGUCGCGGCAAGCACCCUUGGGACUUUCCUUUUCUUCGGCUGCAUCACAACGGUUGGCAUCGUAUACGUCUUUUUCUUCGUCCCGGAGACCAAGGGCCGAACUUUGGAGGAAAUGGACGAGCUGUUCGGUGACACCGGUAUGGCCGCAGCUGAUGCCGAGCGCAGGGCCCGUAUCGAUCGUGAGAUCGGUCUCCUGGCCCUUGUUGGUGUUGAGGCGCCGGAAUCUGAAAAGGGUAUUAUUGAUUCGAGACACGAUGAAAAGGUCAUCGAGGCCACGGCCGAACCUCACACGGAGACCACUGCUGAGCAGUAA